AUGUUGUGUUUGUGGGAGGAAGUGGUGGAUAGGCACACUUGUACAUCUGUUGGAGUGCAGCGGAAGAUGUUCGCUCUCCUCGCCAUGACCAUGCUCGAUGACGUCAACACCAUCAACACCUGGGCUGAGCCUCACAACGCCAACGGUGUUACCCCCAACACCGUCAUCGACUCCAACGAUGAGCCCCCUGCCAACAACCAGCAGCGCAUGGCUGCCCGUGGCUACUAA